AUGGUGAUGGGAUCUCGGCUCCUGUACAAGGCGCUCGCCGUGAUGUGCCUGCUCGUCUUCUUCGCCGCGACGAUCGUCAGGGCAGCGCCUCCUUCCCCGACCGGCGAAGAGGGAGAAGCAGUAUGGAGGCAGUUCGGCCACCUCCUCCACGACAGCGACGAUGAAGACUCUCUUCACCCCGGUGCGGCAGACCAGCAAGCGCUGAACGACUACUACCGACAGUUCGAGCAGGCGCUCGGCGGCGGACAGCCAGGCAGCUCCAGCAGCACGUCCUCCAACCACCACGCACCGCACAACUACCACGGCAGCGCCGUCGGUCACCAUUGGUCCGAAAUGCAACACGAAGCCGCACCCUGGUCCGACACCGAUCCCGCCGCUGCAUUUGCGGACGAAUUCGUCCAGCUCGACCCGGGAGCCAGGGCAAUCAGCCGCACCGCCGCCGAAACAGAACAGCUUGCCGAAUCUCGAGCGACUUCCGCUCUGUGGGCGACGCCGAAUGCCGAGGCCGAGUUCGACUACCUCUCAGGCAGAUCGCCCGUGGCCAACUCGGCUCAACGAGAGAACGUCCUCCGUUUCAUCAAAGAUAAGUUUCGAGAGGCACGGGAUGGACGCUUCCGGAACGCUGCAGACAUCGACCAAGUCCACUUCCUUCCCUCGGAAUCGACACGGCUGCCGCACACGAAGUACAUCAGCUUCACCAGGCGAGCCUGGAGGGGCCUGCCGAGCGCAUCGGACGUGCCCGUCGUCUGGAACAAGCUGUCCACUGCGCAAGAGCGCGCCUUCAAGCUGGGCACCUACGACUUCCGCAUGCGGGCGCCUCUGUCAGACGUGCGUGUGGAAGGGGAUCGGCUGUUGACAGUCGUCUUUGCUCGCCCGGUUGUCAAGAUGAACGAGGUGUCUUCGCCCGUCUUUGUCGGCGAGCUCAUCGUUCCAGACCGCCUCGUGACCUAG